CUUCGCGCCCCGGGCCGUCCCACCCCCUCCGCCCGCCGCGGCUCCGCCAGACAGCGAGGCCCCCGGCCGGGGGCAGGGGGGACGCCCCCUCCGGGGCACCCCCCCCGGCACGGAGCGGCCCACGGGGCCGGCCUCGGCCCGGAGCAGAAGAAGGAGCCGCCGAGGAGCAGCCCAAGGCCCCAGAGUCUGAGACGAGCCGCCGCCGCCCCCGCCGCCGCCGCCACUGCGGGGAGGAGGGGGAGGAGGAGCGGGAGGAGGGACGAGCUGGUUGGGAGAAGAGGAAAAAAAGUUUUGAGACUUUUCCGCUGCCGCUGGGAGCUGGAGGCGCGGGGACCGCUUGGCGCGGCGCUGCCCCGCGAGGAGGCAGGACUUGGGGACCCCAGACCGCCCUCCCACCGCGUCGGACUCUUGCUCCCUUUCUGCCCCCUACACGGCGUCCCCCAGACGCCCCCAUUCCGGACCAGCCCUCAGAAGCCGCAAACCUGACUCCCAAGAAGACCUGACCCCAGACCUCGGGCGCACCCCCCUGCACGCCCUCUCCCCAGCCUCUCUCCUGAGCCCCUGCGCGUCCAAGGACCCUUCUCCGGGAUCCGGGAGACGGGAUCUCUCUCAGAGCUGCCUCAGCUCCCCUAUUCAAGACCACCCACCUCUGGUACCAGAUCUCUCCCAUCUCGGUUUUUCCGGUGGGAUACCCAGAAACCACCCAUCAGAGCCUCCCCUCCACCGCCUCUCCGUUCUCCCUGACGGCCUCAACUUUUCUCCCCAGACCCUCCUACCUUUCCUCGGGAGACCCCCCCCAACCCCUGUAGGGGUGGGGCCUCCCUCUUCCCACCCCAGCCCGGCUCGCGCUCUCGGCAGUGCCGGGGGGCGCCGCCUCCCCCAUGCCGCCCUCCGGCCUGCGGCUGCUGCCGCUGCUGCUGCCACUGCUGUGGCUACUAGUGCUGACGCCUGGCCGGCCAGCCGCCGGACUGUCCACCUGCAAGACCAUCGACAUGGAGCUGGUGAAGCGGAAGCGCAUCGAGGCCAUCCGCGGCCAGAUCCUGUCCAAGUUGCGGCUCGCCAGCCCCCCGAGCCAGGGGGAGGUUCCGCCCGGCCCGCUGCCCGAGGCUGUGCUGGCCCUUUACAACAGUACCCGCGCCCAGGUGGCCGGGGAGAGCGCUGAGACGGAGCCCGAGCCUGAGGCGGACUACUACGCCAAGGAGGUCACCCGCGUGCUAAUGGUGGAAAAGGAAAACGAAAUCUAUAAGACUGUGGAGACCGGCUCACACAGCAUAUAUAUGUUCUUCAACACGUCGGAGCUCCGGGCAGCAGUGCCCGAUCCCAUGCUGCUCUCCCGGGCAGAGCUGCGCCUCCUAAGGCUCAAGUUAAGCGUGGAGCAGCAUGUGGAGCUGUACCAGAAAUACAGCAAUAAUUCCUGGCGCUACCUCAGUAACCGGCUGCUGACCCCCAGCGACUCGCCGGAAUGGCUGUCCUUUGAUGUCACUGGAGUCGUGCGGCAGUGGCUGAGCCAGGGAGGGGCAAUGGAGGGCUUUCGCCUCAGUGCCCACUGCUCCUGUGACAGCAAAGAUAACACACUCCGCGUGGGCAUCAACGUAGGGUUCAGUUCCAGUCGCCGGGGUGAUCUGGCCACCAUUGAUGGCAUGAACCGACCCUUCCUGCUCCUCAUGGCCACCCCACUGGAGAGGGCCCAGCAGCUGCACAGCUCCCGGCACCGCCGAGCUCUGGACACCAACUACUGUUUCAGCUCCACAGAGAAGAACUGCUGCGUACGGCAGCUCUACAUUGACUUUCGCAAGGAUCUGGGCUGGAAGUGGAUCCACGAGCCCAAGGGCUACCACGCCAACUUCUGCCUGGGGCCCUGCCCCUACAUUUGGAGCCUGGACACGCAGUACAGCAAGGUCCUGGCCCUGUACAACCAGCACAACCCGGGCGCGUCGGCGGCGCCGUGCUGCGUGCCGCAGGUGCUGGAGCCGCUGCCCAUCGUGUACUACGUGGGUCGCAAGCCCAAGGUGGAGCAGCUAUCCAACAUGAUCGUGCGCUCCUGCAAGUGCAGCUGAGACCCCGCCCCCGGCAGGCCCGGCCCCGCCCCCGCCCGCCUUACCCGGGCUGUAUUUAAGGACACCGCGCCCCACGCCCACCCGGGGCCAUUAAAGGUGGAGACAGGA